GAAAGUAUUUCCAGAAACAUUAUUUCCUAAUUUACAGAGAAAAUUUUUGAAUAGGAAAGCAAUAGAUAAAUUAUCUGUGUGUGAGUAUGUCCGACCCGUUAGACAGAGAUAGAAGUGGAAGAAGAAGACGCAGACGAGAUAAUAAACCAAUUAGAAAGGAACGUGAUUCUAGAGAACAUGAUCCGUCACCAACAUCCAGUAAACCACCGAUUAUCCUGGGUCUGGCUAAACCAUCACAAGAUCCGGGUGCAUCAAGUAAUAACUCCAGUCCAUCAGCCGGUUCAGGAAUUGCUAGUAAAUUACCAGAUAAACCCAUCGUAGUACUACGCUCUCGAGAUGACAACAGACCAGUGCCAUCUACCAAUCAGUCGUCAAAUACAUUGUCAACAGGGGAGAUAAAUACCCCACCACACAUAACUAGACAACCAUCAGUUGGACACCUAGUAUUUGAAGCGUCAUCACAGAAUCGUCUAGUAGCUCCACCAGAAAUGAAACACAGUAUAAAAUUAGUAGAUGAGACAUUACGCUGGUGUGAUAAUGCUAUGGAGAUGUUGUUGGACCAGACAGAUUAUUUAGUUAUUGGUGCUAUUGGUCUACAAGGUAGUGGAAAGUCCACGAUAUUAUCUUUAUUAGGUGGUAACUCCCCUCAGGAUACAUACAGAAAUUAUAUAUUUCAACCCCAAACUAAAGAAACAAAAGAAGAAGGAAGCCAUCAAACAAAUGGUAUAGAUAUGUUUGUGUCGUCGGAGAGAAUUAUAUUAUUAGAUGCACAGCCUGUAAUGAGUGCAUCAUUACUGGACAAUCUGAUACGACAUGAUAAAAAAUAUCCAACGGAAUAUAGUUCGGCAGAAUAUUGUAUCGAAAUGCAGUCAUUACAGAUAGCAACAUUUCUAUUUACUGUUUGUAAUGUAGUCUUGGUCGUACAAGACUGGUUUACUGAUGUUAAUUUCCUAAGGUUUUUACAGAAUGCGGAGAUGUUGAAACCUCCGACGCCAUCUUCUAGUCAUGAUGGUGGUUCGAGUCAGGAUGAUACACCUGAUUAUUAUCCUAAUGUCGUUUUUGUACAGAAUAAGGGCAGUGUAGAAGAUUUUGGUUUAGAAUCAUAUAAAGCCAUGCAACAGACGUUAUUACGAGUAUUUGAAAAUUCUCGAUUGAAAUCACAAGGUUGUGUAUCACUAGCUACAGGUGGGUUGUUACCUGGAAUCAAUAACAGAACAGUAGAAACUGAUUUUAAUCUGUUUAUUCUACCUACCAUGGAAUAUUAUAAAAAUGAACAAGAUUCGAUUCUAAGUUUCCUUCCAGAAUAUCGAGGCUACCCAAGUUUUAACUCUUUAAUAAAAUGUUUACGGAAUCAGUUAUUUUCUAUACCCAGAACACCACUGACUCAUGCUAAUUUAUCUGAGAAAAACUGGUUUCAUUAUGCUGCACGGACAUGGGAAUCCGUGAGAAAAUCACAAUUAUUGGCUGAUUAUAACCGACUUCUGCCGUGAUGGACAUAAGAUGUACAGGGAUGUAAAGAUAAGGCUCGAUUCAGAGAGGAUACAAAUCCUUUUUGAUGAAAGUAAAUUUCACGGGAGAUGAAGUCUGAAGAUUUGGAUCAUGGUCUUGGAAUAUGGUCAAGAAGAUAAGAAUUGAUGAAAUGGAUAUUGAUGAUAUAAGAAAUUGUGGUGUAUACCGACCUGUGGAGAGCUUUAGAAAUCCGCUUGACUUAAACUCUGUUGACCACUUACAUUAAAGAUACAUUAUGUAAGAUUUAGAUAAAGAGCUAGCCAUUCUUGCUAUAAUAGUUCGAAAAUAGAUAAUGCAAAAUGAAUAUGUUGAAAAUUUCAUUCAAAUUACUCUAUUGCGAGCGAACAUAUUAGCCUUUGAAGGUUUGACAAGACGUGUGUAAUAAUAGUAACCACCGUCUCAUUCUCCAUUUUGAAAUUAAAUUAAAAUAUGACUGAACUGUUCAAAUCUACUUAAUAUCAGAGAUAUUUGAUCGCAACAAGAGUUAUUAUGGUCUCGUCAUGUUAAUUAAUGUCCAAUUAAUAAUUUAUAUUAAUUCAGGCCUAAAGAAAGACCUACAAUAGGUAGAUUUAGCUCUUGCAUACUGUAUUUUUAACUGUACUGCACUUGCAGUAAAUAAGAGUUUGGGUAACCUUAAAGCAGAUUUCUUGCUUCCGUCAGAAUAGAAGUGAAACUGACAAGUUGGAGAACGACCCUGUCAAUAAAUCUACAUACCAUAAAAUAAGAAGUUCGAAGAAUACACCAUUAAAGCAAAAUAAAUAUGGGGAUAUUGAUGACAUGUUAACAAAAUAUGUCAAAGCAAAUGUUGAGCACUUGGCAAAACUGGCAAAAUUAUUUGGGGAGUACCAAGUGAAUUCUAAUUGUUAAGACUUAAUGUAUUGUGCUUAAAUUGGUGCUGGCUAAUAAUUAUGAACCUUGACUGCUAGCUAUUGGUUGAAAAUUCAAGUUAUAUUUUAUUCAACAUUUAGUUUUUAUACGCCCACAUUUUCAUGUGGACGUAUAUUGUCGUCGUCGCCCCUGUCAGUCCGUCCGUCCACAAUUGUUUGUGAACAGUCUACAGGUCCCAAUUUUUAUCCGAUUUCAAUGAAACUUGAAAUAUAGGUUUAUCACCCUAGAUCUCGGUUCCUUUCGAUAUUGGCAACUAUCGGAAUGUAACUUCAUGGAUUAUGGCCCCUGAUUGUACGAAAAAUCACGUUUUUGGCUUGUGAACACUGUAGAGGUCACAAUUUUUAUCCGAUUUUGUUGAAACUUGAAAUGUAAGUUUAUAACCCAAAGAUCUCGGUUCCUUUCGAUAUUCGCGCAUAUCGGACCGUAACUUCCUGAAUUAUGGCCCCUGAUUGUACGUAAACACGUGUUUUUUGGCUUGUGGACCCUAUAGAGGUCAUAAUUUUUAUCCGAUUUAAAAAAACGUAUUAUUAUAUCACCGUUACACCCUAAGGACGGCUGAGUUCAAAUCUCGUGAAAAUCGGCCCAAAACUGACAGACAAAAUGGCCGCCCCUCGUUCUCAAAUUGCAUAAAAAUAUGGUAUAUCAAGGUUGUGGACCCUAUAGAGGUCACAAUUUUUAUCCGAUUUUGUUGAAACUUGAAAUGUAAGUUUAUAACUCAAAGAUCUUGGUUCCUUUCGAUAUUUGCGCAUAUAGAAUUGUAAUUUCCUGAAUUAUGACCCUUGAUUGUAGGAAAAAUCACUUUCGUUUUAGCUUGUUUUCUAUCCAUUUCUCGAAAAUGUGGGUGUAUCCUGCCUGGCAGCCGCUGGUUUGUUGGAAAAAAGGUAGCUAUCUAUUCACCAAGAGGAAAUCACUCUAGAGUCUGUAGAAGCAGCUAUGUGCUCAGGGUGAUCUAGCCUGGAAUCUUAACGUAUUUUUUUUGUUUAUCCCACAUAAAGUUAUCAACGAUUGUUAUCUAUCUAAAUAUUGACAGUAAAGUAAGAAAUUAACGAAUCAAGUUUGGUUCAAUACAUCAUUUAAAUAUUGUAAACAAAGUGUAUGACAGAUGUCCAUGUAUUUGUUGUCAUUAAUGAAAUAAUCAGUGAAUAAUAAAAUGUUGAAUCUAUCCCCCAACCAACCUCCGUUAAUUAAGAUAAUAU